UAAACAAACGCACAGAGAUAAAGAAAAAAGAGAAUCCCUGGUUUUUUAUCAGGAAAAAAAAAAAAAUAUGGAGUUGAUUAUAUAUAUGUACAGACGGGAAAAAUAUCUUAAAUGUUGAAGGCUCCUCCGCUUCUGUCUUCGUUCAUGUGUUGCAGCAAGCUUCAGUAAUCAUCACCAGCCUCACUCCACAUUUAUAAGAACUAAAAAGCCUACUCUACAACUACAACAAACACACCCACUUCCUCAUAUUUUCCUUUUUCUUUUUGUUUUUUAAUUUUCUCUUCUACCAAACAGGACCAGAAUGGUGGCAAAGUUAUGGAUAGAGCUUUCACUCACCAAGAAGAAAGAGAUAAUAAUACCCAACACUACCAACUUCAGCAGAAUCAGUGUCAGCUUAAGAUUUGGUUGCCAUUAAACCAUCGAAGAAGCUCCGGAGACCUCAACCUUUUCUCCUCGUCAUUGGCUUUCUGGGUCCCGGAACCUCUGCGAAAAUUAUACGACAGAACUCGAUUCUCAAAUGGGUUUGGCUUGAAAAAGAUCGAUUGUCCUUCAAUGGUAGUUAACAACGCCGUUUUCGAUGCUUCACCUGAGUUCAUCGAAGAAGGGACUGGAGUAAUGGAGGGUUUUAUCGAUACUAACAAUGGCAUUGAGGAGAAGAAAGAGGGGAUUAGUGGAAGUGGAGAUAAAAUAGAGGUAUUUUCUGAUUUGAUUGAAGAGGCAGGUCGAGAAAGUAGUUCAAGCUCUGAUUUUUUGACGUCUGAGACAACUGGGCAUGAAGAACAUAGUCAUAGUAGCUCGGAGGAGGAGUCAUCUUCGACUCCUUCUUUAGGUUGGCCUACAGAGAAAAUUGAGUCAACAAAUUGCAUUAGUCCUCAUACUACUAGUGGAAAUGGACAGAAACCUCUUCCGGAGAAUAGGAAACUAGAGCAACAAAGAUCAACAAUUUCAGAGAUUGAAUUGAUGAAAGAAAGGUUUUCAAAAUUGCUGCUUGGAGAAGAUAUGUCAGGUUGUGGUAACGGGGUCUGCACGGCAUUGGCAAUUUCAAAUGCCAUUACUAAUCUCUGCGCGACAUUGUUUGGGCAACUAUGGAGGUUACAACCUGUACCUCCUGAGAAGAAAGCUAUGUGGCGAAGAGAGAUGGGGUGGUUUCUUUGUGUUAGUGAUCAUAUCGUUGAGUUGAUGCCCUCUUGGCAGACUUUUCCAGAUGGAACCAAGCUUGAGGUCAUGACUUGCAGACCUAGAUCAGAUCUUUAUGUUAAUCUCCCAGCUCUUCGAAAAUUAGAUAACAUGCUUCUGGACAUAUUGGAUAGUUUUGAAGACACUGAGUUCUGGUAUGUUGACCAAGGAAUUUUAGCCUCAGAAGGAGAUGGGUCGUCCUCUUUCCAAAGAGUCGUUCAGCGCCAAGAGGAAAAAUGGUGGUUGCCUGUGCCACGUGUCCCUCCAUGUGGCCUCCAUGAAAAUUCAAGAAAGCAGCUGCAGCAUAAACGUGAUUGCACGAACCAAAUAUUGAAGGCUGUCAUGGCUAUCAAUAGCAUUACUCUAGCAGAUAUGGAAGUGCCCGAGUCAUACUUGGACUCUCUUCCAAAGAAUGGAAGAGCAAGUCUCGGAGAUUUUAUCUAUAGAUAUAUUUCUUCAGAUCAGUUUUCUCCUGAUUGUCUGCUUGAUUGCCUUGAUUUAUCUUCUGAGCAUCAAGCUAUAGAGAUUGCCAAUCGGGUAGAGGCCUCAAUCUACGUAUGGCACAAAAGAACCAACUCCAAACCAGCCAAUAGUACAGCUCGGUCCAAUUCAAAGUCAUCGUGGGAUUUAGUUAAGGAAUUGAUGGUUGAUGCAGAGAAAAGGGAGUUGCUAGCAGACCGAGCAGAAAGCCUCUUGCUUUGCUUGAAACAGCGAUUCCCUGGUCUCCCACAGACAGCCUUAGACAUGAGCAAAAUCCAGUAUAACAAGGAUGUUGGGAAGUCCAUCUUAGAAAGUUACUCUAGAGUUUUGGAGAGCCUGGCAUUUAACAUUAUUGCACGUGUUGAUGAUCUACUUUAUGUGGAUGACUUGACCAAGCAUUCUGACCAAUUCUCUAACGUUGGCGUCAUUGGUCACAAAAGUGUUUCCAUUCCAUACUCAGUGCCUGUCCCAAGCACUCCAUACAAAUCAGCUGUUGCCACACCGAGCUUUUCACCUGCCAAGGGUGAACGAUCCCCUUUCAUCAGCAGCGGCAAAAUUCCACAAGGUAAUGUGGGAAUAAAGAAGGUUUUGACAGAUUAUCUUAGCUUAGGACCCAGAGAAAAGGAGUACAGCAGUUCAAAAGAGGAAAGAGAUUUCAUUUCAAACAAAACGCAGGAGGAAUCUGCAGUCCCAACCCGAAUACUAUCUUGUGAGCACUGUGUGAAAGAAGCGGUGAACUUUCCGGAACAAGACUCGGUUGAGAAGGAAUGAAGUUAAAUAUUAAUCUGUGUGAGAAGGAAUUGAGUCCCUAGUGUAUGUUUUAUCUGUAAAAAUAGAGAGAUGUUCAAGAGUUGGAGAAAGCUUCAUGUUGUUUCUGUCAUAAGGAUGUCUGAUUGAUUAUAAAUGAGUUGAAGGACUUGCUCAUCCGGAACAUCACAAUACAAUAACCACAGAGGUUGACUGAA